AUGAAACUAUGUGAAACUUGGUCAGGUUCUGGAACUUAUUGUUUCAGUCUCUUAAUUUCAUUUGAGUUGCAACAGCUUGAAGAGAAAGAGAAUGUGCUAGCCACAAGAUCUAAUGAGAUUACAGAGGAAGACAACCAUUUGGGUGACAAGAUUCGUGAACUAGAGGAGGAACUAAUCAGAACCAAGAGUGGUUACUUUGCGAGGGAAAGCUUGAGUCAAUUGAGAAUGAGCAUCAACAAGUCUUUAGUCUUGUCCUGGGAUAACAACGAAGAUUCAGAAAAGGAAACGACGUAUGAUGAUGAUGUGAUGGAGUUGAAUAAACAUGUUGACAAGUUUUACACGUAUUAUGAUGAUGACUUGAGGGAUUCCAUGCUGUCCACCUUUGCAAGUGCUUCGUGCUGUGAAGCAGAGUCAGUGAGUGGAGAUGAGAUCUGCUCAAAAGGUUCUGGUUCAUAAAGAUUACCACAUAAAACUCGUGUUUUUGAAGAGCCAGCUUUGUCACAAUCUCCAAAGAUCAGGAGUUUUCGGAAAAGCGUGGCUGCGUCUACAAAGUUUCAAGCAAGUGCUAGGAAUGUUGAGCAAGUUGGCCCUUCUCUGUCCAAGAAGCCUUUGAGUCCUACAGAUUCUCUAGCUGCAAGUCUACAUAGAGGAAUGCAGGUUAUAGACUGUCACCAACGGAGCUCUUUUUUAUCAAACAGAUCUUUUGUUUCAUUCUCGUUUGGGCAUCUCUCUCUGAAGCCUUGCGAUGAAGCCGAGAAUCUUAAUGCAUCGGUUAAAUCAUUACAUGAAGAUAGACAAAAAGAAAUUGGAUCAUCGAAUCUCCUCUGCCUUUCUUGCAGACAAAAACUUGACCAUGAAUCUGAAGGAGGAUAUAAGGCAAUAGAAGAAGCUUGCACGGAGGAGAAGCAUCUCAAGAACAUGUGUGCGGAGCAGGCUACCAAAACUGAGCAGCUAACUUGUCUGUUAGACCAAUACAAAAAUAACAAUGCUCAAGAGCCUAGUAAGCUAAUGAAAUCCGAUGGUGGAGGAGAUGAAACUGAGGUCGUGAAGGAAACACAUGAGACAAAUCAACUCAGUGAAAUGGAAGCUCUUUUAAAGGAGAUUGCAGAGCUUAAGAGCAAGCUACAGCCUACUAAAUCAACAGAUACUCUGAGAUCAUCUUUGCUACUACGACAUUUUCAAAUAAGGAAAAGCACUGAUCUAACCAAAAACGCUGAGAACAACAACGAUGUCCUAGAGGAAGAGCAUGAAAGGUGGACGGAAAUGGAGAGUGAAUGGAUAAAUUUAACAGAUGAUCUGAGGAUGGAUAUUGAUAGUCACCAUAGACACGCAGAGGAUCUGGAGAUAGAGCUCAAAAAGGAGAAGAUUUCUACUGAGGAGCUAAAUGAUGCCCUUACCAGAGCCAUGCUUGGUCACAAUAAAUUCAUCGAGAAAUACACAUAACUGUAGGAGAAGCAUGAUGAAUUAGCUGAGAGGCAUCAUGUGACGAUGGCAGAAAUAGCUGAUGUGAAGAAAGCAACGGCUAAAGCUGCAGUUAAAAGCCGUCAUGGGAAGCAUUUUGCAAAAGCCUUUUCAGCUGAGCUUACUGCCAUUAGAGCUGAGAAGGAGAAAGAAAGAGAGUUCCUGAAAAAGGAGAACAAGGGCCUUAAAAUUCAGCUGAGAGAUACCGCUGAAGUUGUCCAAGCUGCUGGAGAAUUACUUAUCAGACUAAGAGAAGCUGAGAAAUAUGUACAAUCCUCUGAGGAACGUUUCAGAUCAAUUGAAGAAGAGAAUGGGAAGCUGAAGAUGCAAGUGGAGAAGUUAAAAAGUAGGCAAAAAAACAAAAAUGAGCACAGUGAAGCCUUUGCAGAAAACAAAUUACCAGGGUCUGCUUUAGAGCCAUGGUUCAAAGAGAAUGAUGAUCAUUUAUCAGAACGCAGAACUGGUUUGGUCAAGGAGGAUGAGGAACACAGAACCUACGUGGUGAGCUAUGACGAUUAUGCAGACGAUCAGGCAUGGAGAGCUGAGUUUGGAGCCAUGUAUCAAGACCAUCAAUACUGAUGAUGAUCUCAUUCAGUUCAAGAAGAAAGACCUUUACUCAGUCCAUCUUGUUAUAGACAAGACCCAUCUUGGGUCAUCUCAUCUUUUUAUGUUUCCUAAAAAUUCUUACUAUGUCUUGUAUUUGGUUGUCUUCACAUCUUCUAUUGUUGUAUUGAAUCAUGUUUCUUUGUAAUCAGAA